CACAAGGACUUGAGAGGAAGGGGCAAACAUUUGGUUUUUGAAAAUAGCCAUACUUUUCAGACCUCCUGCUAGGAAAACAUGCUUGGGAGACCGACACCCCCUUGCUUCAUUAAACGAAACCAAAACAAACCAACAGAAAACCCGCGCAAGGAGAAGUCUCAUCACUGAAAAGUUUUCUGUCUGAUGCACCCUGGACCUCAUCUUGUCCUGUGGGACCCGCUGGUUAGCAACCUCUCCUGGAAAGCCUUCUAGCAGCCCUUUAUUUAAUUGCUCAUUUGGAAAGAAAGGCUGUGUUCUGGGAAGCUUGGAAAAGCAGAGGGUGUUUCUCAGUGACACUAGGGCUACUGUGAUGUCAGGAAAAGGAACUGAAGAAACCAAAAAGAAUAACCCUAACUGAAACACAAAAAAACUAAAGCAAACGCCUCCGCCCUACAAUGAUCCGAACGGGGUAAAACUGAAGCAUGUUGCGCCAGCCGGGCCUCGUGCAGCAGCGCAGCUCCACCGGCAGGAUUGUUCCCGGGGCAGAGACCCGCGGGCAAGGCGGAAGCCAGGUGGCGCCGCUUUCCCAGCAGGGCCACUGAGGGGAAGCCCCCGUCUCUGCGCAGGCGCCCGGCGCGGGGAGCGUGUGCGCGGGAGCUGGGGCUGCUCUCCGCUCCGCUCCCGUGCUCGCGGCUCCCGGCCGCUUGUUUCCCGCGGAUUUCCUUCGGGAAAGGCGAAGACCCCUCGGAAGGUUUGCCUUCGCAAGCUGCUGGAGGCGGCGGCGCCACGUCCGAGGUGCAGGUGCGCGCACUGGGGCCGGCGGCGCAGCCGGGAGCCGGAGCCAGGCGCCAUGCACGAGUGUACAGAGAGCGAGAGCCCAGGCCCCCGGCUGGGUGACAUCCCUCCUGGGGAGACGUGGCUGCUGCGCUGCAGCCCGUGGCAGCUGCGCGCCUUCCCUUCGCAGCAGGAGCUGGAGGAGCAGGGCCCAGGAGGUCUGCAGGCAGGGGCUGAGGGUGCAGAAGUCCCUCGUGUCGUCCAGACCAGAGCUGGUCCAGCACAGAGAGAUUUGGGGGCAGGACACAAUGCAGGCCACGCAGCCCCCUUGUGAGGCCAAGCUGCUCUCCACGACCCCACAGCUGGCACUGCAGGAUGAGCUCCCCACCCCAGAGCCCUGGCGCCAGCUCUUCCGCAGCCUUCGCUACCGGGAAGCUGAAGGCCCAAGGAAGAUUUGCAGCCGCCUGCGGGAGCUCUGCCGGCGCUGGCUGGAGCCCCAGAGCUGCAGCAAGGAGCAGAUCCUGGAGCUGGUGGUGCUGGAACAGUUGCUGGCCAUCCUGCCCCAGGACAUGCAGAGCUGGGUGCGCGGGUGCCGCGUGGCGACCUGCACUCAGGCUGUGGCCCUGGCCGAGGGGUUUCAGCUGGUACAGAUGAGAGCGUUUGGUUGGUGCCAUUUGUAUUUCCACGUGUCUGGGGAAUGUUGCUUCCCAGCUCCCCAGUGACACAUUUAUCUCGUCCCCAGGUCACAGUGCAUGUGAAGGUCGAGGAGAUGUCCUCAGACAAGAUGCAGCCCACUGGGGCUCUGCUGGAGCCUGGUGAUUCCUGGGUGCAGCAGCUAAAGGUUCAUUGUGAGGACAGGCCUCUGGCGGAGGCAGGAGAGAGAGAAACCCCAGGGCCCGAGGACAAGCUGCCUCAUGUCACCAAAGAGGAGCCUCCACUUAACCUGGAGCCAGGUGCUGGGACCCUGAGCAGAGCAGAUCAGCAGCCUCCCAAGGAAGGGCCUGUCAACCUGGAGCUGCAGAGACCCUCUGCAGGGAAACGGGGACAGAGCAGCUCCCUGACACCUGGGCCAGGCCAGCUGCAGAAGGGGCAGGGCAGGCCUGCAAAGCAGGGGGAGAGCAUGGAGCUCCGGGAGGUGUUUGAGGACGUGGCAGUGUAUUUCACAUGGGAGGAGUGGGAGCUGCUGGAAGAGGAAGACAAGGAGCUUUACCGGGACCAGAUGCUGAAGAACUACCAAGCCCUUGUUUUCCUAGGAUAUCAAGGUCCCACACCUGACUUACUCUGCCGCAUCCAGUCAGGACAGGUGCAGCUCUGGGUGUGUGAUGAUGAGGACUGUGGGGAAAUCUCGAGGUCGGAGGACCUGCUGCCAGGACAUGCCUGGUUGCUGAGCAGAAGUGAGGAGCAGGCUCCUGAGGAAGGGCCUGGAAAGCUGGAGCCAGCCUGGGCUUCCCUGGGGAGUAUGGGUGAGGUGGAUUCCCUGAGCCCAACGAAGGACCAAUGGCACAAGGAUCAGGGGAUGCCCCAGAAGCAGGAGACUGUAGCAAUGAAUGCGGUCCCAUCUCUAGUUGGGCAUUGGAGUGAAGAAGGGAAAGAAGCCAGAAAAAGCCCAAGGUGCAGGGAAGAAUAUGUCAUGCUGAGACACCUGAAGAGGCAGAAAGCAAAGGUCCACUGCAGAGAGAGACUAGAUGCAAACCAAGUCAGUAUGGGGGGCCUCAAAGGGAAGCAAGAACUCACUACUAAGCCCAGGGGGAGAGCCCACCCCUGCCCUCAGUGCAGGGAAAGUUUUAGCUGCCCCUCACUCCUGACUCUGCACAAGAUAAGGCACUCUGGGGAGAAGCCCCAUGUAUGUGCCAAGUGUGGGAAAAGUUUCACCUGCCUCUCGACCCUGGCUGCUCACCGCCAGAUCCAUUCUGGACAGCUCCCCCACCGCUUCACCAAAAGGGGGAAGAGCUUUGUGCGCAGCUUGGAGCUGUUCAAAACCCAGGAUGUGCACAGGAAGAAGUGUCAGUACCGCUGUGUCACAUGUGGUAAGACCUUCACCCAUUUCUUCUCCCUGGUUCAGCACCGUCGGAUGCACUUGGGAAGGAAGGCACACCGCUGCACCAAGUGCAGGAAGAACUUCAUCAGCUGGCAAGGCCUGUUGUACCACCAGUGUGUGCAGAGGGGGCAGCAGCCACACUGCUGCACGAAGUGUAGGAAGAGCUUCAGGCAGCUCUCCAGCCUGACCAAGCAGAGGUGCAUGCACACAGGGGAGAAGCCAUAUCAGUGCUCUGAGUGUGGGAAGAGCUUCACCUACCACUCCCACCUGGCCAAGCACCAACAUGUCUACACAGGGGAGACGCCAUAUCAGUGCUCUGAGUGUGGGAAGAGUUUCAGCAUCCCCUUCUGCCUGGCCCGGCACCAGCGCAUCCACACAGGAGAGAAGCCACAUCAGUGCUCUGUGUGUGGGAAGAGCUUCACCCAGUCCUCCACCCUGGCCCGGCACCAGCGCAUCCACACCGGGGAGAAGCCAUAUCUGUGCUCUGACUGUGGGAAGAGCUUCACUCGGUCCUCCUACCUGGCCCAUCACCAGCGCAUCCACAAAGGGAGAAGCCACAUCGUUGCUUUUAGUGUAGGAAGAGCUUCACCUACUCCUCCAGCCUGUUUUGAACACCAUGACAAAAGGGAUUUAUCUAAUCUUCUUAUGCUGCUGCUUCUGUCCCUGGAGUUGCACACCAAGAGAGCAUCGAAUCACCAACUAUGGGACUGCAAGAGACGUCGGGGCCGUCUAGUCACCCCCUGCUCAAGGCAGGAGCACGCCCUACAAACCCGUCCAGCCAAGCAUCAACCCUGCUCGUAAGCAUUGGUAAGCAUGGAGAUUGCACAACUCUCCGGGUAGCCCAUUUCCGUGUUCCAAAAAACCUAAAAAAAAUCACCCUCAUAUAGAGCGAAAGGUCUUAUAUCGAACCAAAAUAUCCCCUGCUGCAAUACUUGAUUUACUCUGAGUCUGUUGCUGUGGCUGAAGAAAACAGGGCACGUCUCCAUCCUCUCCAUGGCCACCUCUCAGGGAUUUGAAGACAUCGAGCUCUCGAGGACUAAUCUCACAACACAGUCGUUCAACCAAGAUACGUCCAUCUUCCAGUCCGUUCAUCCCAAACGAAAGAGAUAGCGCCAUUAUCGUUAAGGAAGCAGGCAGGAAAGGUAAAAUGAGGAUGGCAGAGAAGGAGCAUUACCUCAAGGCGCAGUAAGCAUAUGAUAUCCAUGAAAGAGCCUCUUCAGCCGCAGCUCUGGUGAAAGGGCUGUUUGUCCAAAGGCAGAAGAGGGAGAUCCAGGGCACGGAUCUGGUUAAACAUUUCGCCCUCCAGAAAGGGAAAGGGCUUGAAGGGAAACUGAGGGAAGUUGCCCAUGAAAGCGGUGCAAUGCUGAGAGACUGGGAGGAUCCACACCGUCAAAGGGCCGACAGUAGGCAGCAAGUAAUACAGUGUAUUUUCCCCCAGCUCAGAGCUGGGAGCCAGCGGGAGCCCCCCGGCCUACAGAAAUAGAGGUUACGUCACCGCAGGGAACACGUGUGAGAUAGACCUGGGCCGUAUGUUCUUGUGCACACACAAUAAAUGGUGUUCGUUAGGAGCUGUUGUUGGAGUCCCUUUCCUCAUCCGCUGUCACAGUGCCCUGGAGGGAAACCCUUGCAGGGUCCAGUCCUGGUUGGAGUCCCUCCUUGUGAGUACCAUCAGGUCGUGUGCAAGCCAAGCCCUGUCUCACACCCGGUGGCUGAUGCAGCGGUGCGGCCGGACACGGCCGAGACGUGCAGGUGGGCAGACCCGGAGAACGUGACACGCAUCACAAUGGCCCCUUCUAGAACCGGCUCAUCGCCGUGCGGCUCUUGGAGACGCACACAGCAGGUCAACUGCUCCCGACCCGACACUGGUUGUUGUCAGGUCACACCCGUGUCCUUGCGAUCACCCUGACCGCAAGGGUAAGUGUGGGCAAAUGAGGGGGGUGUUUGCACCCACACUUGGGGAGUCCUAGGGUGGGUGACUUGUGGCUGGGGGUAUUGUCACUUUUAUGCUUUCGUUUCUUUCCUAAACAUGACUUCAGUCCGCUCCAGUAGCAAGCCAAGGACUGAAGACUAGGUGUGCUUGCCUGCCAUGGGGGGAGGCGGGGGGAGUGCUUGGAGCGAUGAUGUUUGGCGGGGCAGGCAUGGUGAGGGGUGCAGCGGACGGGGCAGUGAGGAUGUGGAUGGUUGCUUUAGGGUUUCCAUAUUUCCAGGUCCAAAAUGCAGGACACCUGUCACAUGGCGGCGGGGGGACGGGGGGAUAUGACAGUGUGAGGGCAGGGACAUGCCAGUGCCCUGUCACUGCCCAUGCUGUUGCCCCUCAGUGCCAAGCCACAGCCCCCGCCAGCCCUGCUGCUGCCCCUCACUCCCAACCCACUGACCCCAGCCCUGCCAGUGCCCCUCACCCCCAAACUGCAGUACCCUGCCCCCCGGGCCAUGAUGCUGCCCCUCACUCCAGACAUCAAGUAACUGGGAAUUACUGGUUGUGGUUUCAACUUGCUCUUCCUUCUUUCUU